UUCUCCAGGUACCUGCUAUGUGCCUCCGGCGACUUCGUGAAGAUGUACAGCGUGGCCACCGAGGAGACGCUGCGGGUGAUGGGGGGCCACGCCGACCUGGUGACAGGCAUCCAGCUCAACCCCCACAACCACAUGCAGCUAUAUUCUUCCUCUGUUGAUGGCAGCAUUAAGCUGUGGGACUUCAUGGAUGGGAUUCCCAUUAAAACUUUCGUUGUAGGAUCCAAACUUCUUGCACUGUACGCACUUGCUUGUUGUGAGGACUCCGUGUUUGUUGUAAUUCCAAAGCAUGGUGAAAGAGAUACGUUCCAACUUGUCUCAGUUAAGCUGUCAAAAGCAGCAGGCCAAGAUUUGGAAGCCAAGGAAUUAUCGGUGGUUUUGGAUGGUGUGGAUGCAUCACCAAAGCGUAUUGCAUUUGGGAGAGAAGGUGAAUAUGUGGCAUCAGUGAAGGACGUUAAUCUCCAAGUUUAUUUUUUUAAACAGAAACAGUUGAACAGGUUUUCUGUAAGUGCAACCAAGACAAAAAGUGGAAACAAUCACUUCACUUGCAUAGCAUGCCAUCCUACGGAGGAUUGUAUUGCAACUGGCCAUGCUGAUGGAAAGAUUCGCCUCUGGAGGAAUUUCUACCACAAGAAAGAGUACACAUUUUCCACACUGCACUGGCAUCAUGAUACCGUCAUGGAUCUAGCUUUUUCUAUGGAGGGAACCAGCUUGCUGAGUGGUGGAGUUGAAUCUGUUCUAGUUCUGUGGCACAAUGAAUCAGACUGUCAGAAGGAUUUCCUUCCUCGUUUGGGAUCUGCUAUUGAGUACAUCUCCAUGUCAUCUGAUGGCGCACUCUGUUGCACCUUGCAUACAGACAACAGAAUUACAAUAAUCAACAGCAACCUAAGAUUUUCCAAAAGUAUUCAAGGGCUAAUCAAAAGUACGGAUGUCAAGACUGGUCUAGUGGUUGAUCCUAGAACCAAAGCUUUAGUCCUGAAUGGAGAGCCUGGCCACUUGCAGUUCUAUUGUCUCCAAAGUGACCAACAGCUGUUCAGUUUGGAUAUUGUGCAACGACAAUACAUUCAUCAGGCAGGUUUAAACCAAGCUGACUUGGUAAAAGUUGCGUUUAGUGCACAAGGCAAGUGGUUAGCCACAGUAGAAGAGAGAGAAGAAGUAACUGACCCUGAGUUACAGUUGAAGCUGUGGUUCUAUGAUGAAGAAACACAAAGCUUUAAGCUGAAUACUAGAAUAAAUAUGCCCCAUGAGGACCACAUAACAGACAUGUGCUUUCGUAACAUGGAUGAAUUGGAAGAUGACUCUCUGAUAUUGGUAACAGCUGGCAAAGAUUGUGUGUUUAAAGUCUGGGUGAUGGUAGAAGACACUGAUCCGGAAGCACAGCAAAGCGUGAGCUGGAGCUGUGACUUUGUAGGCAGCUACCACAACUACCAAGCUACUAACUGCUGUUUCUCAGAAGAUGGCUCUUUGCUUGCUGUUAGCUUUGAAGAAACUGUCACUGUAUGGGAUUCAGUUACUUGGGAUCUUAAGUGUACAUUUUGCCACCCACCUGGAAAAAUAAGGAACAUCUGCUUUGGGAGACUAACAUGUUCCAAGUACCUUAUUGGUGCCACUGAUUAUGGCUUUCUGUGUUGCUGGAACCUGCUCAGUUGUGCAUUGGAAUGGAGUGCUCACCUCAAUGUCUUAGUUCUGCAGCCUGAUCCCCUUUCAGAACAUAUUGCUGCUGUCUCGUGGCUCUCAAAAGAGUCCAGCUUGUUUGUGUUUAAACCAAAUGAGCCACGGCCAAUCUACAUCCAGAGAAACCUUUGUAAAGAAAAGAUCCAGCUUGCUGCCUUCGUUCCAAGAGAUGAACCUGAAACGAUUGGCUCAGAAAAAUACCUUUGGCUAAGAAGAUCCCAACUGUUUUUUCUUACGGAUACGCAAGAGCUAAUGACGCUUAGCACAAAGUCUCUAGAAGAAAGGCUUACUCCAUCAAGCAAACAGCUGGCAGUAGAAGAAAGUCUUGCUGUGACCCCAUUUAGCUUGCUAUUGGGAAAGCACAGACGUCAGCAAUCACAAGAGGAUAUAGACCUUGGAAAACUAGUUGUUCGUAAUAAGCAUGAGCAAGAUUCACCUGCUGUCAAAGAGCUUUUGCACACUCCAGCACAUGUUUUGCCAUCUGCUUCCUUCCUCUGUCCUAUAUUUAUUAAUUCAUUGCUCAUCUCCAAAGAGAACAAAAGUGCUGAAGAAGUUGCUGAUGAAGUAGAAAUGGAAAGUGAAAAAACAGAGGAUGAUUCAGAUGAGGAAAGAGAUGUUACUGAAACGGAACAAGAAGAUACAAGUCCUAUGGAAUUAUUAGGAGAGAUGACAUGUAAACUGUCUAAAUCCCAGGAGAAAGAGCUACGAAAAAUAAGAAAAAUGGACUACAGUUGGAUAUCAGCUUUCUAAACAGACAUCUUGUGUUUUUUAUACUGUAAGCUGAAGCUUUGUGGAUUAAAUAUUCUUCAGAAAAAUCUUUCAAGUCCUUUGGCCCUAAAUUUUAGCAGCCUCUAUUUCCAUAAGAAAGGAGAACUGGGGGGAGGGAUUAAAGUUUUGAAAAGCUG